AUGCUUCGCGCCGUCCUCCUCCGCUCAGCCUCCGGCCUCCGCCGGUCACCGAUGGCCGCCCCGCUAUCCACCGCCGCCGCCUCGUGGCUCGCCGAGGGGACCUCGCCGUCGCCGCCCAGGGUGCGCCUCCUCAUCGGCGGCGACUUCGUCGAGUCGAGGGCCACCGAGCACGUCGACGUCACCAAUCCCGCGACGCAGGAGGUGGUGUCCCGGAUCCCGCUCACCACCGCCGACGAGUUCAGCGCCGCGGUGGACGCUGCCAGGACCGCCUUCCCUGGCUGGCGGAACACGCCGGUCACGGCGCGGCAGCGCAUCAUGUUCAAAUACCAGGAGCUCAUCCGGGCCAACAUGGAUAAGCUGGCAGAGAACAUUACAACCGAGCAGGGAAAGACGCUGAAAGAUGCUUGGGGUGAUGUAUUCCGUGGUCUAGAGGUGGUGGAGCAUGCUUGUGGAAUGGGGUCACUGCAAAUGGGCGAAUACGUAUCUAAUGUUUCUCAUGGGAUUGACACCUUCAGUAUUAGGGAGCCACUUGGUGUAUGUGCUGGGAUAUGCCCAUUCAAUUUCCCUGCCAUGAUUCCCCUAUGGAUGUUCCCCAUAGCUGUUACUUGUGGCAAUACUUUUGUUCUAAAGCCAUCAGAAAAGGAUCCAGGGGCUGCUAUGAUGCUUGCGGAGCUAGCGAUGGAGGCUGGUUUACCAAAGGGUGUGUUGAACAUUGUUCAUGGUACCCAUGAUGUUGUCAACAACAUUUGUGAUGACGAGGCUAUUAAGGCAGUAUCAUUUGUUGGUUCCAAUACAGCAGGUAUGCAUAUAUAUUCUAGAGCAUCUGCGAGUGGGAAGCGUGUUCAGUGUAACAUGGGUGCAAAGAAUCAUGCCAUUAUCCUUCCUGAUGCUGAUCGAGAUGCCACAUUGAAUGCCCUUAUUGCUGCCGGUUUUGGUGCAGCUGGGCAAAGGUGCAUGGCAUUGAGCACUGCUGUUUUUGUUGGAGGUUCAGAACCAUGGGAGGAUGAACUAGUCAAACGUGCAAGCAGCCUUGUAGUUAAUACCGGAACAGCUAAUGAUGCAGAUCUUGGUCCAGUGAUCAGUAGACAGGCCAAGGACCGCAUCUGCAAGUUAGUCCAAAGUGGUGCUGACAGUGGUGCUCGACUUGUGCUGGAUGGGAGGGAGAUCGUGCUAUGCGCUGUGCAGGUUCCUCAAUUUGAGGAUGGCAACUUUAUUGGUCCAACUGUGUUGGCUGAUGUUAAAAGUGAUAUGGAGUGUUACCAGGAGGAAAUUUUUGGUCCAGUUCUUCUCUUGAUGAAGGCAGAGAGCCUAGAUGAUGCCAUACAAAUUGUAAACAGAAACAAGUAUGGCAAUGGGGCUUCCAUCUUUACCACAUCUGGUGUCUCGGCAAGGAAAUUUCAGACGGACAUUGAAGCUGGCCAGGUGGGUAUCAACGUGCCAAUCCCAGUACCCCUGCCAUUCUUCUCCUUCACGGGCAGCAAAGCUUCCUUCGCAGGAGACUUGAAUUUCUACGCAAGGCGGGCGUGCAGUUCUUCACCCAGAUCAAGACCAUCACGCAGCAGUGGAAGGAGUCGUCUCCCCAGCGCGUUUCUCUCUCCAUGCCCACCUCGCAGAAGUGAAGUCACCGGAGCUAACUCAUGUAUGUGGAAAUAA